CGGCGGUGCGGAGUGAGACCGCUUCUCCCGGAAGCGCCUGGGUGGCUGCGGUUGCCGGGGGAGGCGGCGAUGGCGGCGGCGGAGCAGCUGUACCCGCGGAGCUCCAUCGAAGAUGACUUCAACUAUGGCACCAACGUGGCCUCGGCCAGCCUCUACAUCCGCAUGGCUUUUCUGCGGAAAGUCUACAGCAUUCUUUCCCUUCAAGUGCUUCUGACCACAGUUACAUCAGCAGUUUUUCUGUACUCUACUGGAGUGCAGGCAUUUGUUCAUGAAAGGCCUGCUUUGCUCUUGAUAUCUGGGUUUGGAUCUUUGGCUGUUAUCGUGGCACUGACCAUCUACAGACACCAGCAUCCUGUUAACUUAUACCUGCUUUUGGGAUUUACCCUACUGGAAGCACUGACAGUUGCCAUUACAGUGAGUUUCUAUGAUGUGUCCAUCGUCCUGCAAGCCUUUAUUCUAACUACUGCUGUGUUUCUUGGACUGACUGCAUAUACCUUGCAGUCAAAGAGAGACUUCAGCAAAUUUGGAGCAGGCCUCUUCACUUGUUUGUGGAUUUUAAUCUUCUCAGGUUUAUUGAGGCUGUUUUUCUACAGUGAGACACUCGAAUUGGUGUUUGCUGCUGCUGGAGCUCUCCUGUUCUGUGGAUUUAUUAUUUAUGACACUCAUUUGCUGAUGCACAAAUUGUCCCCUGAAGAAUACAUCCUGGCUUCAAUCAAUCUCUACUUGGACAUCAUUAAUCUCUUCAUACACUUGCUGCGUGUGCUGGAAGCAUUUAAUAAAAAAUAGUCAAAAGCAGUGUGGCUUGACUAUAGCCUAUGUAUGAAGUCAAGUACCUACACAGCAUUUGGAUGAUCUACAAAUUGUGUAGCUCUGUCUUCUAGAGACUUUACUACUCUGUCAUUCCAUGAAUACUGAUCCCUCCUUGGAGAAAAAAAAAAAAAAAGAGGCUUUUAUGUAGCGAAAGUUCUUCUCUAGAACAAAUAAUAUGUAGUUAACAUGCUGUCAUCAUUUCAAUCACUUUUUAAAUCACAUUAUUUGCACUUGAUGAUUAAAAUGUUGCCAGCUUCCGUGUCCUGCAGCGUUUGCUCCAGGGUAAGCCUCUCUCACUGUGCUGCAGCUGCUGGAAAGGUUUCCCCUGGGAUUAUGAGUGCGUGUACCCUGGAAAGGUGAGCCUGAGUUUAUCACUGUUCAAUGUUUUACUAAGCUACGUUUUUAUUUUCUGGUUUUUGUUUGGUAAAAUGGAAGGGAUCUCUGGAACAGAGUUACUUUGUUCUUGUUCAGGGCUCUCAGAUUACCAUGUACUCCCGGGAAGGAGUAAACCAACCAAAGGGAAUGCCCUUCACACGAGCGUUAUUUAUUGCCCAUCUCUCAGCGUUCUGAAAAAUCAUUUGAGAUCGAUUCUGGUGUUUUAGCGGCUUGUGCAUAUUAAGGUUAAUUGUCUGGAAAUAAAAAUCAGGACACUUUUA